AACCGCCGCCAACCCCUAUAAUAGCCUCCUCUAGGCGGCGCGCGACAAUCCCCACCGUGCAGCGAGCGACGCAAGCGCACACGGCAUGCUUCCCGGCCCCCGCCGCCCAAGCGCGGCGGCAGUCGCGCCGCCUCCCUCGUCGCAAUGGGCAGAUCUCGACGACGACGAUGGAUGGCAAGAUAUGCCCGUCGUCCGCUCCGACGACUUUACCAGCGACUUUGACGCGAUCGACGACAAGAAGUACCACUUUAGGCCGCCAGAGCGUCUCGAUCCCGAAAACGCACAUGGCGGCACCACCACCGGCACCUCGAACGCGACGGGACAGCAUCUAGAGGUCGAGGCCGACACGCUCAUCACCGACUCGUGGCGACAAAAGAACCAGCUCGAUGAGAGCGACUACACGCGUCUCCGGCUCGACGAGGACGAGGAGAGCGAGGAGGUGCACAUGCGCACGCGAUACCUCUUUGACGAGGACAAGGCCAUGACGCCGCUGAGCCAGAUGCAGGCAACGAAAGAACUGCUCACCGACGCCCAGCGCAUCGCCUACGUCGGCCUGUGUCAUCUCAUCGCGCGCCGCAUGGUCCGGGAUAUGGGCCGCGGAUGGGAGGGCACAAAGGCCAAGCUCAGCCUCUCGAAGGGCAAGGGGCGCGCCGGCGACGUGCCGGUCGUCGAGAGCGGCAGUUUGUGGAUGAUCAAGAUUAUGGCCCGGCUGUACCAGCACAUGGACCUCGAGCGCGAUGAGCAGCGCAUGAUCGAGUCGCUGGGCGAGCACGGCGUCGACCCCGCAGACCUGACGCCCGCACUCAUGACGACACAUACCGUCAAGAACCCAGAGUUCGACCCCGAGGCCAAACGGCUGGCUGACGCGGCGGCCGCGGACAAGGCUGAGAAGGAGGCCGAGGCGGAGAAAGAUCGCGAGGCCAAGGCGGAGGAGGCGCUCUUCAGCGAGGAACACGACGACCCCGCACCGCCGUACGAGGAGGCGAUUGCAACACCACCACAUGAGACGGUGGUACCGCCAGCGCGGACUUCCUCGCUGUCUUCGUCGCCGCGCAAGUCGCUGUCCUCGUCCAAACCUUCGUCCCCGGUCAAGCCGUUGUCUCCGCGGAAACUCGCGUCGCCAUCCGUGCGCCCACUACCAUCACCAUUCGACUUUGACGAGGGCGACGAUGGCGACAUCGGCGCGCCGGCCCCUAACCCAUCUCCUCCAGUCCCCUCGUUCGACGAUGAUGACGACGGCGAUAUUGGAGGCUCGUCCGCGCGCCGCCCCUCGGCGCCCGUAGAGUCGCCCCAGAGCCUGGGCGACGCACAGCCGGAGCCCCAGCUCACGCCCAAGCUCGAGCAGGGCCCCUCGCAGAUGCCAGAUCCUGAGAAGACGCCCAAACAUGCCAACCCCACCUUGCCCGAGGCGCGCGACAAUCUCGAGCAGGAGCUCGAGCCGAUGCCUGCGCUGCCUGGUGUGUCGACGUCGCUGACGGCGGCCGACGAGACGGUCACGCUGGAUAUUCGAUGGACAGUGCUCUGCGACUUGUUCCUUGUGCUGAUCGCCGACUCGGUAUACGAUUCGCGAUCGCGGACGUUCCUCGAGCGCGUCGCCAACGCCCUCGGCUUUGGCUGGCUCGACGUUGUGCGCUUCGAGAACCGUGUCACGGACGCUCUCGAGAUCCAGGAGAGCGUGGGCCAGCUCCAGCAGGAGGAGGUCAUCGACUCGCGCCGCAAGGCCGGCAAGAAGAAGCGCUACGCCAUUAUGGGCGCUGCUGCGCUUGGCGGUGGUCUGGUCAUCGGUCUGUCGGCUGGUCUUCUCGCGCCGAUCAUUGGUGCGGGCCUGGCCGGUGCCCUCGGUACCAUCGGUAUCGCGGGCACAGGUACAUUCCUGGCUGGUGCUGGAGGCGCGGCCGUCAUCACCACGACAGGUGUGCUCACCGGUGUCAACAUUGCUGGACGAGGCAUGGCCAAGCGUACCCGUGAAGUCAGGGUGUUCGAGCUCAAGCCCCUGCACAACAACAAGCGCGUGAGCUGCUACCUGACAGUAGGAGGAUUCAUGGCGAGCAAGAACGACGAUGUGCGACUACCGUUCUCCGUCCUCGACUCGAACGUAGGCGACGUCUUCUCCGCUCUCUGGGAGCCCGACAUGCUGAGCGAGACGGGUAACGCCAUUAAGCUGCUGUCCACCGAGGUCCUCACCCAGGUCGGACAGCAGGUGCUUGCUGCGACCAUCAUGUCCGGUCUGAUGGCGGCGCUGCAGUGGCCAAUGCUGUUGACAAAACUCGGCUACCUCAUCGACAACCCGUGGUCAAACGCGCUCGACCGUGCAAAGUCGGCUGGCCUUGUGCUCGCCGACGUGCUGCUGAACCGCCAUGCCGGCGUUCGUCCCACGUCUCUCAUCGGCUUCUCCCUUGGUGCCCGUGUCAUCUUCUAUGCGUUGGUCGAGCUCGCACGCGUCAAGGCGUAUGGCAUUGUCGAGGACGUCUACAUCUUUGGUGCUACGGUCACUGCCACCAGGCAACAGUGGCUCGACGUCAAGAGUGUCGUCUCCGGCCGCUUUGUCAACGCCUUUGCCAGCAACGACUGGAUCCUCGGUUACCUAUUCCGUGCCGCCAGUGGUUUCCAGCACGUCGCUGGUCUUCACCCGGUCGAGACGGUACAGGGCAUUGAGAAUGUGGACGUGACCGACCUCAUCCAGGGCCACAUGAGCUACCGUUCGUCAAUGCCCUUACUACUCAAGCGUGUCGGGUUCCCCGUCACUGCCGAGUGGUUCGACGAGCCCGAUGACCCAGAGCUUGACCCCGAGGUCAACGAGCGCUACGUUGUCAUGGAUGAGGAGGAGGAGGAAGAGCUCAAGAAGAAGCAAAAGAAGAUUCUGGGCAUCUUCCCCCGCAAGAAGGGAAGCAAACCUGGCUCUAUCGGGUCAACGCCAAGAGCAAGUAUGAGCACCAACCCCGACUCGUCCAAACCUUCUACUAGCAACGACGAGGACGAGUUGCCUCCUCGUGAGGAGACGGCCACGCCGCCAAGAAUAGAACAGGAGGAGGCCGACCUCGGCGAGCGUCAUCCUGCGACGACAAGAUCUAGCAUCUCUCAGGAUGACACGGCGCAGCACAUUCCUAAGACGGCUGGCUUUGACUUUGCUGCCAUUGCAAAGGAGCUCGGCAAGGACAUCAACGUUGACAAGUUGAAGGACCCAAGCCGUGAUCCUAACAACCACCACCACGAGGCGACCUCGCCAGGACUUGCGCCUCACCCCGAGCGCACGGGCUCGGCGCCGCCCGCAUCGCUCCCGCCACCCCGGCGCCCAUCAGCCGACCACCCGAUGUCUCCACCCGCUAGAAGUCAGUCUGCCCUCGUCGGCCUGCCCGUCGACGACGACGGCGACAUUGCCAUCACUGCGCAGAAGGCGCUGGCACUGGAAACGACGCCAUCGUGGGACCGGCCCGCUCCGCCACCUGUGGACGUUUCGGCCUGGUCUGCUCCACCGCAGACUCACAAGGCGCCGUCCGUGUUUGGAUUCAACGCGUGGUCGACGCCAGCGGCCGCUCCCACGGGUUCGUUCUCUUCGUCUGGUAUGAGAGCGGCACCACCGGCCCGGCCGCAUCCUGCCGAGCUGAUGAGCAAUCCGUUUGCCGAUGGCGGUGCCAGCGGUGGCGGACUUCCUCCCCUGGGUCGCACUGGCUCGUGGGGAAAGAAGGACGACGACAAGAUGGCGUUGGAGAACCCCUGGUAGAGCGGUGUGUUGUGUAGGAACCCAUCGUAGAGUGGUGGCGGGUGUGUGCUGGGGCACAUUUUCAUUCCCCGCUGCUGUAGACGGACGGCGCCGCGUUGAGCGGAUGACAAUCUCAUGCAUACUUGGUACAACA